AGGAUGCACCAGCUUUGAAAUAUGUAUUCUCACGUCAAACUGUGCAACCAGGAGACAGGUUUUCCUUACGAUGUGUUGCUGCUGGAAAUCCUAUCCCCCGGGUGACCUGGUCUUUAGAUUCUCGUCCUAUCCCAGAAAACCACAGAGUUCAAUACGGAGAUUUCGUUAGUAUCCACGCUGAAGUUGUGAGCUUCGUGAAUGUGAGCAGUGCAAGAACGGAAGAUGGAGGAGUUUAUGAGUGUCGUGCUCAGAACGAAGCGGGUGCUGUGAGUCACAAGGAAAGAGUGGAUGUACUUGGCGUGCCAUUUAUUAGGCCCAUGAAUAACGUAACGGUUGUAGACGGAGAUUCCUUAUUUUAUCACUGCCCAGCUUCUGGAUACCCUCUGCCAGUUGUUACAUGGAGUAAAGAUGGUCGGGAGCUACCAUUCAAUGAACGCCAGCAAGUGUACACAAAUGGAAGUUUCUUCAUCAAAGAAGUAACCAGAGAAACCGACGAAGGUACCUAUCUAUGUACAGCUCUAAAUAAGCAAAGAGAAAGAGUCCAGAAAGAGCUCCACAUACGUGUUAUGAAAAAACCUGUUAUUAAUCCCUUUGGAUUUCCGAAGUCAUUGGCUGAAGGUAUGCACGUUAUAGUGACAUGCAGUGUACUAACAGGGGAUCCUCCAAUAACUAUUCGUUGGCUGAAAGAUGGAAUGACACUAAAUAGGAAGAUGCUGAACAUCGAAGAAUCAUCAAUGGGACAUCUCGGUUCUUCUCUCGUCUUUAAUAGUGUUGGUAGAAGCCAUAAUGGGAAUUACACGUGCUUGGCUGAAAAUACAGCUGGAGAAUCUAAUUUCACAGCAACCAUGUUAGUAAAUGUUCCUCCGCGAUGGCGGGUUGAGCCAGUUGAUGUUUCUACUGUAAUUGGUGAAUCUGUUAUCUUCGAUUGCCAAGCAGAAGGUUACCCACAGCCUCUUAUUCGUUGGAAGAAAGCCUCUGGCGACACUUCAGCCACCCGCAACUUUAAGUCCAUUAUCAGCAAUUACCACAUUCAGACCUUAGAGAAUGGCUCCCUGAGCAUUAAGGACCUCACAGAAGAGGACAGAGGUCACUAUCUUUGUGAAGCAGCAAAUGGUGUUGGAGCUGAUCUAAGCACUGUUGUCAAGUUGUCCGUUCACGUGGCUGCACAUUUCAAGACUCCAUUUAGAGUACACAGAGUAACGAAAGGGAAUUCUUUAAACAUCCAGUGUGAAGCAUUUGGAGAAAAGCCUAUCACAAUCGAAUGGUCAAAAGAUAAAGUUUUAUUGAAUGCUAAUUCAGAAACGAGGUACAAUAUAAAGAAUGCUUUAACAGCUAAUGGGAAGAUAUCAACAUUAACUGCAUCUAAUCCCGACAGAAGAGAUUCUGCACUUUUUUCAUGUACAGCCAUGAAUGCUUUUGGAAAAGAUGACACAAAUAUACAGGUUCUCGUCGAAGAAGUACCUGAUCCUCCUUCUGAAAUUCUGGCUACAGAUGUCAAUAGUCGUGGAGUAGUAUUAAGUUGGAGCGUACCUUACACUGGCAACAGUCCAAUUACAAAAUACAUUCUACAUUGGAAGUCUGCAUCCGGAGCAACGUGGUCAGCAGAGGCAAGAAAAAUGGAUAUACCAGGAUCUAACACUACUGUACAAAUAACAGGGUUGCAGCCAAUGACGACUUACCAUUUCAAACUUCAAGCUGAAAAUGCCUUAGGAAGAAGUCCAUUUGGAGAAGUCGUAACAAUUACAACAGAGGAAGAAGUUCCUAGUGAGCCACCGACGCAUGUGGAAGCUGUAGCACUUAGUACUCACUCUAUACGUGUAAUAUGGAAGCCUCCUCCUACAUCAAGCACUCAUGGAAAAAUCAGAGGUUAUUAUGUGGGACAUAAAGUACUGAACUCUCAAGACCAUUACAUCUACAAGACCAUUGAAGAAAGUGAAUUUGAUUCAACAAUGGAAUGCACGAUAACCAACCUUCGCAGAGCUACUGAAUACAGCAUAACUGUGCAAGCGUUCAAUAAUAAAGGAGCUGGGCCGCCUUCGAAAGACACUAUCGUAAAAACCCAUGAAAAUGAUCCUCCUCCUUCACCAACUCUAAGAAUAGUCUCUUCCACAUCAUCAGCUGUUAUCCUUGCAUGGGAAAUUUCUGCAGUUGACAGCAACCCAGUGAAAGGUUACAAAUUAUUUUAUAAAGCCGAGCUUCCUGAAUGGGAUGAAAUUGAAAUCCCUGAACCAUCACAGACUUCUUAUACUCUUCGAUCACUUAAUUGUGGCACACGGUACCAAUUCCAUAUCAUUGCUUACAAUGACGUGGGAAGAAGCGAUCCAAGCGAUGUCGUCAGUCUUACCACCCAAGGGGGAUCUCCCAUAGCUCCAGACAAGAGUUCUCUUUUGAGCAUCAAUACAACAUUUGUGACAUUGAACCUGUAUGCCUGGAAAACUGGAGGAUGUCCAAUAUCAUUCUUCGUCGUCCAGUAUAAGUCAAAGGGACAACGCGAAUGGGUCCUCGUAUCUAGUAAUCUUGAUCCCAGGCAUGAGCAGUUCGAAAUAACCGGAUUAAAUCCAGCGACCUGGUACAACCUUUUGAUGUCCGCCCAUAAUGAAGCUGGAGCGACUGAAGCCGAAUAUGUGUUUGCCACGCUGACUCUCACUGGAG